UACAGGUAGCAGAGCUUUACGGGAGCCGUUGAGCAUACAGCGCUCAACUUCAGGGGUGACAAAAAUGCUGAAAAAACUCUUCAGAGUCCUGGCCGUUUUUGCUUUGCUCAGUCUGGUGUGUUUUUCUGUGGCUCUGUACUACAGCAAAGACGGCACUUUAGCUUUUUUUGUUCAGACACGUUCUGGAAAUGGCACCCUUUCCAUGACGACAAAAGAAUAUGUGCGGCAGGUGUGGGAAAUGAAACCUGAAGUCCCAAAAGUCAGCCAAGGGAUGACACAGAAGACAGCCUCUACAAACAAGACUUUAGGACCCUGCCCUGACGCCCCUCCAGAACUAGUUGGCCCCCUACACGUGGAUUUUGAUCCUGAACGGACUUUGGAUCAGGUGAGAAAGGAUGUCAGUUCUUUUCUUCAGGAGGGAGGACGGUACAAGCCAACGGACUGCAUCUCCAAACACAAGGUGGCAAUCAUCAUCCCAUUCCGUAACCGGCACGAUCACCUGAAGCACUGGCUGUUUUACCUCCAUCCCAUACUGAGGCGACAGCAGUUGGACUAUGGCGUGUAUAUCAUCAACCAGGAUGGAGAGGGAGUGUUCAACCGGGCUAAACUGAUGAACGCGGGCUAUGUUGAAGCACUGAAGGAAUAUGACUACGAUUGCUUUGUCUUCUCUGACGUAGAUCUGGUUCCAAUGGACGACCGUAACUUCUACAGAUGCUUUGACAAUCCCAGACACCUGGCUGUGGCUAUGGACAAGUUUAAUUUCCACUUACCCUACAACACCUACUUUGGUGGGGUUUCUGCAUUGUCAAAGAGGCAAUACUUGGAGAUUAACGGCUUCCCGAACACUUACUGGGGCUGGGGUGGGGAGGACGAUGAUAUCUAUAAGCGAAUUAUCUUCCAUGGUAUGUCCAUUUCUCGACCUGACUCGAUGACAGGAAAGUACAGGAUGAUCAAACAUAUGAGAGACUUGCACAAUGAGCCUAAUCCAGAGAAUCCUUCCAAACUGGGCCAAACCCACUGGACCAUGGAUAAAGACGGGAUUAAUUCCCUAAAUUACACAGUCAAGGAGAUUGUGAAGGAUGUACUGUACACUUUCAUCACUGUGGAUAUUGAUGCUCCACCAAGCUGAAUGAGGAUGUGGAUCUGGGAUUGCAGUUGACUUUUUAUCCACUGGGGUUCCAGCCCAUAGAGAUGGAACUCAAGUAGUUCUGUCUUGGGUGUGUGAUCAGGUAUAGAGUCAUAUAUGCAAACCUGUGUGUGUGUGUGUGUGUGUGUGUGUGUGUGCUUGUGUUCAGGGGCAAAUUGCAGACUAUAGACCAGUGAAUAGGGGAUGGCCAAUUGGAGACAAUAGCUGCGUCCCCAACUGGAAAACAGCUGAGGUCAGUGGUUAACGUCAGGUUUAGUGUCAGGGUCAGACCAAUCACGGCAAUGGAUGGGCUUUGGGUAAGUCUCCAGGAAAUGAAUGUAAGUCUAUGUAAUGUCUCCAAAAAUGACCAAAGUCAUUUGUGAAAAGUCAUGCUGUACUUUUAAAACAAAUAAAGCAAUCUUAAAAUCAGUUGUCAGAGGCCAGUACUUAGGAGACAUGGUCUCUCGUCCUGGUACCAGUGUGGAGUCUCACUGCUGCAUUUUGAACCAGCUGCAGGCGAGAUAGGGCUGAAUGACUGAUUCAUACAUAGAGAGAAUUGUAUGAGUGGAGGUGAGAGGAAAUAAAAGAAUGAACUACAGCCUCCAAAGUCUAUUUGAACUUAAAGUCAGUGUAAACUUUAUCAGCUUGAAGUGCAGAGACUCUAUCCUUGCCUUCACACCUGGCCAUAAGGAAGUGAGUGAGGGGGCAUAAAAAACAAAAGAAUUUAAUAAUGCAGUAGCCUCAGACAGAAUAAGUUGAAUGCAACAACAUAAGGCUUACUGUCUCAAAACGCCUAAGCUCAAUGAACAGUGCUGUCCAUGGUUCUGAAACAACAGCUGAGCUACUGUCACAUGUAUCUCAGCCAAUAUUUCUUAUUGUUUGUGCUGUUUUUUAUAGAUAGGCAGAGCUUAAGCAGAGUGGGCAAAAUAUAUAGCAAAACUGAGGAGCUAAGCCCACAUAAGACCCCUUGUGGCACCUGGCCCGCUCCACACACAAUUCAGAUGUACUUUACCUUUAAUUGCUCUUUGUGAUGGAUUCAGAUACAACAACAGCAAACAGUCUCCUCGCAGAGAAGGAAAGGUAAGAAUAUGAGAUGGUUUGAGACAGAGAGAACCAAAGCAGAGACAUUGUGUCACAUCCAACAGCUUUUUGUAUCUUGUAACUGCAAAUAUUACAUGUGAAGUGAAUGACACAGAGGCCAAACAGGAGUGUUUGGUUGGCCAAUGUU